ACAAAGACAAAGACAGUAAAAAGGUUGGGGCGACCCAGCGACAGGGAGGAUGGAACAUGGUUGGUGAGCUUGCUUUUUCGUUUCAGUUCUCUUUUCAUCUCUGAAGGGUUCCUUUACUGUACUUAAAAAUCACAAAGCCAAUUCAAUUUCCUCAACAAAAACUGAGAAAAUCGUGUAAAAAGGUUUGUGAAUUUAAUUCCUCCAUUAGUAAACUAUUACGGCUCACCUGACCGCCCCACGAGGCGUGAGCUCAUAGCUAAAGCUUUGGUCUUUUCUUCCUCUUGUCGCCUUCACGGCUUUUCCACUUUGUUCUUGGAAAUGAAGAUUCUUAUAGACUGCUGCUUCUCUCACUCCCCAACCUCCAGUUUGUCCACUUCCUAAAAUUUCUGAUCUAGACCCAUAAUCUAAUGGCGAAAACUCUUUCAUUCUUCUGGGUUUUUAUUUCACUCUGCAACCCAGUACUCUCCCAAUUUGAUAGCUUCAUCUAUACUGGUUUUCAUGGUAAUCUUAGCUUGAAUGGAGUUGCUGAGAUCGAAGGGAAUGGGGUUCUUCGGUUGACAAACGACACCACUCGUUUGAUCGGUCACGCCUUCUACCCUUCUCCCCUCCAGUUCAAGAAUUCCACCGACGGAAAAGCUUUCUCCUUCUCUUCCUCUUUCGCCUUAGCCAUCGUUCCUGAGUACCCCAAGCUCGGUGGCCAUGGCCUUGCUUUCACCAUCUCUACCACCAAAGAUCUACCAGGGUCGCUCCCCAGUCAGUAUCUCGGUCUUCUCAAUGCCAGCGACAUGGGUAACGUCUCCAAUCAUCUCUUCGCCGUUGAGUUCGACACGGUUCAAGAUUUUGAGUUCGCCGACAUCAACGACAACCAUGUUGGGAUCGACAUCGAUAGCCUGACCUCCAACAUCUCUGCUAACGCUUCCUAUUUUAGCGACAAAUACUCCACAAACCAGAGCCUUAAUCUCAAGGGUGGGAACAUGAUUGUGGCCUGGGUCGAUUAUGAUUCUGUAAGUAAUCUUCUCAACGUAACCCUUUCCCCCACUUCUUCAAAACCCAGUCGACCGCUCAUCUCUUAUUCCAUAGAUCUCUCCCCAAUCCUCCAUGACUCCAUGUAUGUGGGCUUCUCUUCCUCUACGGGUCUGCUCGCGAGCUCCCAUUACUUAUUCGGAUGGAGCUUUAAGAUGAACGGAGUGGCUCAACACCUCGACACCUCUUCUCUCCCUAAACUCCCCGGGCCUAAAAAGAAACACACAGCCCUUACAAUCGGUGUCUCUUUAGGAGCAUCUGCAGUCAUGGUUGGCGCGAUCUGCGUUUCUAUUUACCUCAUCUGGAAAAUCAGGAACGCCGACGUGAUCGAGGAGUGGGAGAUCCAUGUUGGCCCAAAUCGGUACUCUUACCAAGAACUCAAGAUUGCAACUAGGGGAUUCAAAGAAAAGGAACUACUAGGGUUUGGCGGAUUCGGUCGCGUGUACAGAGGAACACUCCCCAAAUCGAAAACCCAAGUCGCGGUUAAGCGAAUCUCACACGAAUCGAAGCAGGGUUUGCGGGAAUUCGCAUCUGAGAUCUCAAGUGUGGGUCGACUGCGACAUAGGAAUCUGGUUCAGUUACAGGGAUGGUGUCGCAGACGAGGCGAUCUUCUCCUCGUAUACGAUUUCAUGCCCAACGGCAGCUUGGACAAAUACCUCUUCGACCAGCCAAAAUCGACUCUAAGCUGGGAGCAGAGGUUCAAGAUCAUCAAAGGAGUUGCUUCAGGUCUGUUAUACCUGCACGAGGAAUGGGAACAGGUGGUGAUACACAGAGACGUCAAGGCCAGUAACGUGUUAUUGGACGGCGAGAUGAACGGCCGAUUGGGCGAUUUCGGCCUCGCUAGAUUGUACGAGCGCGGGUCGAACCCGAGUACGACUCGAGUAGUAGGGACUCUAGGGUAUCUAGCACCGGAGCUGACAAAGACGGGGAAGGCGACGGCGAGCUCCGACGUCUUCGCCUUCGGGGCUUUGCUGCUCGAGGUGGUUUGUGGUCGGAGACCCAUUGAAGCUAAGGCGUCGCCGGAGGAGCUGAUACUGGUGGAUUGGGUGUGGGAGAGGUGGAGGCAAGGGAGUAUACUGGAGGUGGUAGACCCUAAGCUUAAGGGAGACUACGAUGAGGUGGAGGCGGUUAUGGUGUCGAAGCUGGGGCUCAUGUGUUCCAACAGUUCACCCACGGCGCGUCCUAGCAUGAGGCAGGUGGUGAGGUACUUGGAAUGGGAGACAAGGUUGCCGGAAAUCUUGAGUGCGCCGGCGGAGUACGAAGACCCGGAGAAGAGCGAGGUUGGGUUCGACGAUUUCAUUCACUCAUACCCUUCUUCGUCGUUUGAGAAGGUGACCUCUUACAUGCUCACGCCCGCGGCGGAGGCUGACGGCAAAGAACGAUUGGCGGCCCAGGCCCAGGCCCAUGUUGGCCCAAUGAUCCAGGUUGAUUCCCAUUUCAAAUAGAACGAGUUGGACUCGGUGACUCAAAAAACGGAACAGGUUUAUUUUAUUUUCCUUUGUUUAAUUAAUUAUUGUAUCUUCCCUUGUUGUAAUUUUUCUUCUAAAGGGAGUUUUGUACACAA